CGAAUCCGUUCUGCAGCUGCAGGAUACCGUAGCGGUCUUCCUUUCUCCAUGUCAUAUAUCUCCUAAUCUCCGACCGUCGAUGGCGAAUUUGAAUGUCUCUGCGCCUGGUUGGCGGCAAGUCUCAUUCUUCCAAGUCGAGAGAGUGAGGGAUGUCCAUGACUUUGAUAGCACACCGGAUGUAUUCAAGGCUACCCCCGAAAUCUCCACCGUUUCGUCGUCGUCGUCGGCCGGCGUCCUCGUGGCGGAUAUUCAUGGCAGCAUACACAUCCUCAAUCGUGACUUUGAAUCCGUUAAAAGCUGGGUAGCCCAUGUCGGUGGACGAGUGACACAUAUGGUGGAGCGGAAGCGUAUUUUGGUUACCCUCGGAGAGGAGGAUGCCAUCAGGUCGCCUAUUCUCAAGAUCUGGGAUUUGGAAAACACAGACAAACGCUCGGGCUCACCGUUACUUCUUCGCUCUGUCAAAGUACAACUCAGCAAUCGACCCCAUCCCGUGUCGACCAUCGCCUUGUCCGCAUCACUUUCGUACCUUGCUAUCGGUCUAGGAGAUGGAACAGUCCUUCUAUACCGACACCUUGACCAGUCACUCACAAAUUCCACCGGCCUCACAUCACUUCCUAAACCCCGGACGGUGCACGAAUCUCCAACAGAGCCGAUAACAGGCUUGGAUUUUCGGGAGCCUUCUGAAGACAGUCCAAAUUUGUACCUUUUUGUAGUCACGACAAAUCGUGUUCUCUCUUAUCAGGCGUCGGGUCGCGGAAGCGGUGCUGCAGCCGUUGUAGUUGAUGAAGUUGGUACAGGUCUUGGUUUGGCUACUAUGGACUACCGAGGGAAGGGCAUCGUAGUCGCACGAGAUGAGGCCAUAUACGUUUGUGGUACAGAUGGACGUGGAGCAUGCUGGGCAUAUGAAGGGCACAAGUCUUCAAUACAUACACAUCACAGCUACGUCGUUAUUGUCUCCCCUCCAUUCCUACCGACAGCCUCUGCUGCGUCUGCAACUGUUCGCAAUUUCGUAGCACGGACCACGAAUGCUGGAGACAGUGAUAUAACGAAAGUCACAUUGUUUGAUCCCGAGAAUAAGUUGGUGGCGUAUACUGGUGCCUUCACAGAGGGUGUUCGAGAAGUGAUAUCCGCUUGGGGACAUCUUUAUGUUCUGUCCAACGAUGGUAAUCUGUUUGCCCUGAGAGAGAAACCCACAUCGGAAAAGCUAGACAUGCUCUACACCCGCUCUUUAUACCCACUGGCGCUCAAUUUGGCAAAAACUCAGGGAUUGGAUGAAUCGAGCGUCGCUGGUAUUCACCAACAGUACGGAAACCACUUAUAUAAUAAGGGUGAAUACGACGCGGCCAUGCAGCAAUUUAUCCAGACAAUUGGACAUCUGCAGCCUAGUUAUGUCAUUCGAAAGUUUCUUGAUGCACAACGGAUACACAAUUUGGUGAAUUACCUCCAAGAGCUGCAUUCUCUCGGACUUGCGAACUCAGAUCAUACAACUCUUCUCCUCAACACGUAUACAAAGCUCAAAGAUGUUUCUCGACUGGACAGUUUUAUCAAGACAGAGUCCCGUCGAAAUUCGACGGACUCGGACGAACUCCCAUUCGACUUGGAGACUGCUAUUCGUGUUUGCCGGCAGGCGGGUUAUUUUGACCAUGCGUCGUACCUUGCUAAGAAGUAUGAGCGCCACGAGGACUAUCUGAGAAUACAAAUCGAAGAUGCGGAGAAUUACAAGGACGCUCUGUUGUAUCUUAGAAAGCUGGGGGCAGAUGCGGCCGAAAGCAAUCUUGCACGCUACGGCAGAGCCAUGUUGGCUAACCUCCCGGUGGAAACGACGCAGUUACUUAUCGAUCUUUGUACCACCUCUUCAGGGACACUUUCCCCUGAACCAGAAGAAGCAUUGACCACGGCUUCGAAGACGACGACUGCGGGACCCUCCUACCUUUCAUAUCUGGCACUGAAUCGUGCCCCUGUCGUCGACGUCCCUCCUCCAUCUCCUUCCAUUAAAACCGUCAAACCCGGAGAUGUGGCUUCACAAAAGGAAUCGACGCAUGAAACGUCUCGUCCAUCAACACCUCCUCCCUCUAGUCCCACUGCUGUUAAACCUGCUCGACCUGCGCCCGUCAAACAGCUCUCUCCUCGAAUGUAUUUUGCGCACUUUGUUGACCAUAUGGAUCAGUUCGUCAUCUUCCUCGAGACGGUGGCGUUACGUCGAUGGGGCCAGAGCAUAGACAAUUUACCCAGCUUGCCGCCGCCUUCAGAGCCUCCUUUGGAAGAAAAAGCCGACCAGCUUGAUCAGGUGGCAGUAUGGAAUACGCUCCUUGAGCUGUACCUAACGUUGCCCAACCCGUCGGAGACCAAGAACGAUACAUCAGAUGAGGCGAAGGCUUUCAGAGAGAAGGCCAUGCGGGUGCUCAACAGCGAUACCAUACCUUAUGACCCGACCCACGCACUUAUUCUGUGCUCAAGCCGUGGCUAUACGGAGGGCCUUAUGCUUUUGUGGGAGCGGAUGGGCAUGUAUGAGGACGUGCUUAGGUUUUGGAUGGACCGAGAGAAGGAGGGAACAGCGCCCGGUGCUUCGACAGAAGUGAUCAAGCACCUGAAGCAGUAUGGGUCAGGGAAUCCGCAAUUGUAUCCGUUGGUGCUGAGGUUCUUGACAUCGACGCCUGCGUUGUUGAGUCGGCAUCAGGAAGAUGUUAAGGAUGUGCUAGAGCAUAUCAACAAAGAGGGUAUCAUGCCGCCAUUGGGCGUCAUACAGGUCUUGAGCCGAAAUUCCGUGGCAAGUGUUGGGCUCGUGAAAGAGUGGUUGAUGACCCGCAUUACGGAGGCAAGGAGUGAGAUACAGGCGGAUCAGGAAUGGACGAGUUCUUAUAGGAUGGAGACUGCUACCAAGCUGAAGCAGGUGCAAGAUCUUUCUGAUCCAGAUCAUCCUAGAGUAUUCCAUGUCACCCGAUGCUCGACGUGUGGUGGGCAGCUUGACCUUCCGAGCGUGCAUUUUAUGUGUAACCAUAGUUAUCACCAACGUUGUUUGAUGGACAACGACACAGAAUGUCCGAAAUGCGCCCGGGAGUACAGCGUAAUACGGGAGAUAAGGAGGAACAAUGAGCGUUUGGCUGAUCAGCAUGAGUUGUUCUUGUCGGAAGUCCGAGAAAAUGGGUUCAAGGCUGUUGCGGAAGGGUUUGGUCGUGGAGCGCUCAACUUGACGAGAGUAGAUGAGGUCGCUUCGUAGUUUGCUAGUUCUCUUUUUCAGUCUACCAUGGUUCUACGAAAUAUCCGG